AUAUUCUAGUGAUUAGUACAAAAUUGCAUUCGAAUUCCAUACAAAAAAAAUGUUGGUGAAUGCUGUGUUGUUGCUGCUCCUCUUCCUAUUGGGCACCGUUUCGACGAAUAUAUUGUGCGGGGAAUCCAAUACGAGACCUCUACCUUUCAACUGUGUGGAGGCAGUGCGCUUUGCUGGUUCAGAGGCCAAAAGCGGCAUUUACCAAAUACGAUUACCAUUAAAAGGUUGGGAGGAUAGACCCUUCUACGUUUACUGUUUACUCGAAGGCAGCGGUGGUGACCCCUGGAUGUUGGUGCAGCGUAGGCAAGACAACGAAAUUGACUUUUAUCGCAACUGGAAUGAUUACAAGACUGGCUUCGGCAAUAUGGAGACAAAUUUCUGGAUUGGUCUGGACAAACUGCAUGCGCUCACACAAGUGCAACUUAAUGAGCUACAAAUCGAAUUGCGUGAUUUCAACGAUACCGUUAAGUACGCCAACUAUGAAACUUUCGCUGUGGGCGAUGGGAGCGAAAAAUACGCAUUGAAUAUUUUGGGAAAAUAUUCUGGAAGUGCAGGUGAUUCUUUUCUUUAUCACAGUGGACAAAAGUUCAGUACAUACGAUCAGGACAAUGACAAUUGGUCCAGAAAUUGUGCGGAGCAGUACAAAGGUGCUUGGUGGUUCAACACAUGCCACCACAGUAACCUAAAUGGCGAACAUCUGCAAGGUACUCACAAAGCAGAAGGGAAAGGCAUCGAAUGGAGUGCAUGGCAUGGCCCUUAUUAUUCGUUGAAAUAUACGCACAUGGCAAUAAGACCAAGAGAUAGUGCGGACAUACGGGUGCAAAGAUAGGAUAAAUGAAGAAAUAUACUAUAUCAAUAACAAUAAAUGUUACGCAAUUCCAUUUCUCUCGGAAUUACAGUAAUUUUUAUUUAAUAA